AUGGGUGGAAGACUAUCAACGCCAAAGGGAGCGGAUGGCAUGAACGAGAGUUCGAAGCCGCACUCGAACAAUGCGCCUGCCCGCCUCUCGCGGGGCCGCGGUAUCGUUAAUGGCAGGGUAAGCACAGUCGAGGAUGACAUAGACAUGCACAACGCUGAGUCCAAACAGACCAUUAUGGCGCCCUUGGCUGCUCUUACCAUGGCUGGACUCCUCUUCGUGUACACAAGAACAUCGAUACGCGCCGCCAAGUUGAACGCCCAAAAGCAUAGGGAAGCAGAUGGAGGACAGAUUAGCUGGCACAAGGAAAGCUUGAGGCGGCACGGGCAGCUCGAACGUCUGGACAACGACAACAGCACCUUGAAAGAGGCGUUCGUCGGGAGCUUCUCUGGUGGCAAGAAGCGCAAAGAUUCCGAGACGGAAGAGAAGCUGCGGACAGACAGGUCCAAAGACGAGGAGGAGCUGCGUAAGCUCAUGGGCAAGAAAGAUUAA